UCAUGACUGUCUUCUUUGUUGAUUGUUACUCAAGAAGUAUAAAACUCAUAAAAAAGUGUACAUUCUUUCUUAUCUAAUGUUUUCCUCCUUUUCUGCAACAGUUUACUCUUUACUCCUAGCUUUUUGCAUUCUCCACACUGUUUCUUUCACAGUGCACUUUUAUAGCCCCAAUUGAAUGUGAGGAGGGAAAAAAAAAAAGAGCAGGCAGAUACUUAAGGCUCUCAGUGUGGAAGACACUCUACACCUCGCUGCAUCAUGGCWAGAUCUGCCCUCCUGGUUCUGGCAUCCCUCCUUGGACUCUGUGUUACAUUAUCAGCUAUAGACCAUGGCGUAUUUGCAACGGACAAAUCUAAAAUGACGAAGAGUUACAUGUCCACGCUUUGCCCACCGAUGCCUCCCCUUUCGCACUCAUCCUCCCCAGCAUCGGUUCACAAACUUACACCUGCUGAUGUCACAGGACUUUAUGUGCUGGGAAUAGUUCCUUCAUACAGAAAUGAAGCAACCAGAGUUGUCAGCAGACUAGCAGAGCUGCUGUCCAUGUUUAAUCCGGAGGUUAACGUUCAACACGUGGAUCAGAUCUCAUUACAGCCCAGGAGCUUAAUACAGGAAGCAGAGGAGCUCUCUGUUUCUCAUCAGAUGACUGACUGGAAGAUCGUGCUGCUGUUUGUCCCUAUAGAUCUAAUGUGUGCCUGUUCACCACAUGCCGCUGCAAAUGUCAAAACUGCAGUGCAGGAAGUGGAUACAGCUCUACAAAUUCUGCAGAAUCGGAUGUAUCACACUUUAGUUCAUGUUGUGGUCUGGAGUGGAUAUUAUCAGGAAGAAAACGCAUGUGAAUGUGUGAGAGAUAAAGGCAUAAGCCAAGGCCUGCAAAGGGCCACUCUGCUGAAGUCACUGCAGGACUCUUUAGGCCAUCUUUUGGAAAGUUCUGCUUGGUACCACAAAGACGUCGACUUCACUGUUGUUCUGCAGUCUUCUCCAGUUAUCGUAGAAUCCAGCCCGGAUGCUGUGYCUGAUCUUAACAAGCUGGCUGUUCAGCUGUGGGCAAAUCUGCUCCAACCGGCAGCAGGCCAAGCUGAGGUCACAAACAACGAUGUCAUCACUAUUCCCUGUCCCACACAGGAGCACCCGUUUCUGCGAACACAGAUAAACUCUCCCACUGAAAGCGAGCAGGAGGUUUACAGGAAAGCUUCUGCACCAGCAGACCUUGUAAAAGUUUUUAUUCCACAUUUUCACAACCAGGUUGUUCAUUAA